AUGGAUUCUGAUUAUCAUCGCCAUGGUCCAGCUGCGAACGAUACUUCACCAGGCUACUUUGUUCGACUUGAUAAACCAAGAGCUGUAGACGAUCUCUAUAUAAGCAAAAAGAGAGGGAAGAUGCGUAGGUGGUUGUGCUGUGUUUGCCACGUGGAAGAGCCUUACCAUUCUCCUGAAAAUGAACACCUGAGAAGCCCUAAGCACUAUAAUGAUUAUGGGAAGGAUAAGAAACCACAAGCUGAUGAUGUGUUAAAAGAGCCACCAGCUAUCGACGUCCCUGCAUUGUCAUUAGAUGAGUUGAAAGAAAAGACUGAUAACUUUGGAUCAAAGGCUUUAAUCGGUGAAGGUUCAUACGGAAGAGCUUACUAUGCAACUUUGAAAGAUGGGAAAGCUGUGGCGGUUAAGAAGCUUGAUAAUGCAGCUGAGCCUGAAUCAAACAAUGAGUUCUUGACUCAAGUCUCAAGAGUCUCCAAGCUGAGGAAUGAGAAUUUCGUUCAGCUGUUUGGUUACUGCGUUGAAGGGAACCUUCGUGUACUCGCCUAUGAGUUUGCUACGAUGGGAUCUUUACAUGAUGUUUUACACGGGAGGAAAGGAGUCCAAGGAGCUCAGCCAGGUCCAGCUCUUGAUUGGAUCCAACGUGUUGGGAUAGCUGUUGAUGCAGCUAAGGGACUUGAGUAUUUGCAUGAGAAGGUGAAACCUGGAGUGAUACAUAGAGAUGUUCGGUCUAGUAAUGUGCUUUUGUUUGAUGGGUUUAAAGCCAAGGUUGCUGAUUUUAAUCUGUCGAAUCAGAGUCCUGAUAUGGCUGCUCGUCUUCAUUCUACUAGAGUUUUGGGAACUUUUGGUUAUCAUGCACCAGAGUAUGCGAUGACUGGUCAGCUGACUCAGAAGAGUGAUGUUUAUAGUUUUGGUGUGGUGCUUUUGGAGCUAUUGACUGGUAGAAAACCUGUUGAUCACACGAUGCCACGUGGUCAGCAAAGUCUUGUCACUUGGGCCACUCCAAGGUUGAGUGAAGACAAAGUGAAGCAAUGUGUUGAUCCCAAACUCAAAGGAGAGUAUCCUCCUAAAGCAGUUGCAAAGCUUGCGGCUGUUGCAGCCUUGUGUGUGCAAUACGAAUCAGAGUUUAGGCCAAACAUGAGCAUUGUGGUAAAAGCUCUACAACCAUUGUUGAGGUCAACAACAACACCAGCAGCUGUUCCAUCCCAGGAAACUUGA